UCGAUCUCAACUCGUUUGAGACAUUCUGACGAGCCUCUGUGUGUCCAGCCAGCCAGCCAGCCGUGUUCACAGUCACUAGCGAUACACACACAACACACGCCACUCAGUCCGGCCCACACCAGCCAGCCAGCCAAGCCCGUCUGUGUCAGCCAUCCCUCCAUCCCUCCAUGCGCUCACCCUCUCUCUCUCACCACAACACCUCCACUACAGCCGUAGUGUCCGCGCAUACGGCUGCCUCUGUCUGUUGAGGGAGGGGUGGACGGCGAAUCUGGCUUGAUUUGUGCAGGCAGGUCGGUUGAUUGAGAGAAGGGAGGGAUGUGGAUCGAAAGAGAGAAAGGGGUAGGUGAGAGAGAGAGAGAGAGAGAGAGAGACAGACACGAGUGCAUCGCGGGCAUGCCAUACGAAUCCAUCCAUCCAUCCAUUCAUCCAUCCAUUCCACUUGGAAAACGGACAAGCGUUCAUUCAUUCGUUCGACAGCCAGCCAGCCAGCCAGCCGUUCACUGCCACUCCCCCUCUGCCCACUGCGGUCGGUAUUCCCUCCCUCCCUCCCUCUCUCCCUCCCUCCCUCUCACUUUUCUCUCUUCCCUCCCUCACGUCAGUGUGUGUGUAUGUAAGCCAUGCGUGAUGUGUGUGUGUCUCUAGAACGGUGUCUGGUGUGUAUGGUGUGGUGUGGUGUGGUGUGUUGAUCAGUCGUCCUGGUCCUGUUCCUCCUCCUGGUCCUGCUGCUGCUGGUUGUUGCGGCGCUUGGAGGGGAAGGGCAGCAGCUCGUAGAGGCGCUCCACUAUCGUCUGCUUGGUGUCCUUGCGCUUCACCUCCAACCCACGCUUCUGCACACAUACACACACACACACACACACGGACGCACAGAUGCACUCACUGCAGUUAAGAGGUAUGUAUGAUUUGUGAGAGAAUAAUGGUACCUACCUCCGCGAACUGGAUGAGCGAGUCUUUCUUGUACAUGCUGACCCAGUCCUUCAUGUCCGCAGCGUGCAACGGCGUCUUCUGCACACACACAGACACAGCCACACACGCACACAACGGAGAGACGCAUGCACACCUGCUUGCCCUUGUUCGUCUGUGGCUAUCUCGGUGUCUGACCGGCUCGACGUCUAGUUUGGUCUUCUUCUUGGCCUGGAUGGGAGGGGUGCGGUCGCCCUGCUCCUCCUGCGGCUGGGGCGAGGGGCCCUUCGCCUCGUCGUCGCUCUCCAUCGGCCCCACACCAGCACCCGCCGCCGCCGCCGCCGCCGCAGCAGCAGCAGCCCCGCCCUCCUCCUGCUCAUCGUCCUCAUGACGACGCUUGCCGGCACGCUUCUUGACCUAUUAGAUGGACAGCACCCCGCACAGACGGGGGAAAUGAGUAUCGUGUUCUGGUGUUGUGAAUGGUUGGCUGGGCUGAUUGGUUGGUCGGAGGGUGGCUGGCCUGACCUUUUUGUCGUCCUUGUGUUGGUCGGUGCCCUUCUUGCCGCGCCUCUUGGCGGCCGCUCCGGCAACUCCAAUACCUACGCCUACGCCAGCGCCCCCCUCAUGCACGCCCUCCGGCCCCGACUCCACCCCAAGCCCCUCGCCCUUCUCGCUAUCCUUCUUGCCUCCACGGCCCCCCACACGACGGUCCCGCCCACGGCCGCCGCCCCUGGGCACCACGGCUGCAGCUGCCGCAGCUGCUGCGAGCGGCUCGCCGUCGUCGUCGAGUAUGUCGUCCUGGCUGCCACUGGGCUUCUUGCCGACCCCCGGGGCCUUGGCCUGGUGGGGGUGGUGUUUGGGGUCGCCUCGGGCAGGUGCACCUGCCGCUGCCGCUGCCGCUGCUGCGCCAGACGGCUGUGGCAUGGCACGCUCCAACUCAGCCAACUUGGUCUCCAACUGACACGACAGCACACACACAUGCCCAGAGAGAGAGGGAGAGAGAGGGAGACAUGGGUGUGUGGAUGGAUGUGUCGAUGAAUGCGGUGGGUUCAGGUCUUGUCUACCAUAGCAUGCAUACCUCAGUACACUUUUUCUGCAGGUCGGUGAGAUCCUUCGCUUUGCCCUCGAGCUCCCUGGCCGCCGUGUUGUACUUGUCCUCCAUACGACGAUACAGCUGAACAAUCCAAUCCAAUCCACACAUACAAACAAGCAUGGACGGACAGAUUGCUCUGCGCAUUUGUGUGUGUGUGUGUGUGUGUGUCGUAUUGCCCACUGACGUCGUCGGCGGCCCUUUUCUGGUCCUCUGCCGCCUUUUUGUGCUGCUCGAGGGAUUGUUUGUACUGCUCGGCCGUCCUCUGAUGUGUCUCGACGGCAUUGCGCAGUUCGGCACCGGCACUCUCGACAUUGCGAAGACGCUCCUGGAACUGAUGAACACACAAACAAGCCUGAAUGGGUGGAUGGAGGGGUGGGGUGGGGUGGGUGAGAGGGGGGAGUCGGGACGUACCUCUGCGGCUUUCUUGUCUGCUUGGUGCUUAGCCUCCUGCUGCCCUUGCAGGGCCUUGCUGACCUGACCGAAUGAAUGGAAUGGAAUGGACUACACCACACCAUACAUGGCAGGCCUCAUGGCAGACCAGACCCGCCUUUGUUUGUUGUUUGUGUCCGCCUACAUGUACCUCCUCUGCGCGUCUGUCGGCCUUGCUGAGGGCCUCUCGGAGAGCGCAGCUUUCCUUAUGAACCUGGAUGGACGGACACACACACACACACACAUACAAGAAAAAGGUGGACACCGUUCCCCCCAUUGCCCCCUGCCCACCUUCUGUGUGUCCUGGUCAGCUUUGGUCUUUGCAUCGCGGGCCGCCUGCAGGUCCCUCUCCAAUACGGCUACCUGGACACGCAGAGGUGGAGGGAAAAAGGCAGAGAAAACGAUCAGAUGAAUCAGGUCUGUCGAUGGCGAUGAGAUGCAUUCAUCCAGGUGUGUGUGUACCUUGUUGGUGUUGCUGCGGGCCUUCUCGAGUUGCUCGCGGAGGGCACGGCUCUGCUGCUCCAGCUGAAGAGCGACGUUAGUUAGCAACACAAUGAAUGGGGGCUUUCGUGGGUGUGUGACCUGUUUGGUCUCAGCCUGGGACUUCUGCGUCACCUCCGCCAAUUUCAACUCGCUAGACUCGUGCAGCUGACGUACAUACAUACAUACAUACACACAGACAGACAGACAGACAGGAGAACGGAAAUAAUGUCUAGGUGUGUGCGGUGUUCUUCGUCUUCCUUCUCUCCGUUUCUUCUCACCGCUCGUAUUUUGAGUUCUAGGUCCGCCUUGGCCUGGUCCAUGGCCCGUGAGAGCUUCUGCUGACUCUCACGCUCAACCUGCAAAGUCACAAACACACAUGGACACCCACACAGUACCAAUACCCAAAUGGCGGUCCCCCUCCUCUCUGCGACAGCUAGCCUACCUGUUGGAUGUGUUGUGUGUGUUGAGUCUGCAGGUCGCUGAUGCGCCGCUCCAACUCGCCCUUCUCGCUAGACAGCUGCACGACAGCCACACCCACACAUCCACACACACGGAGGGAGGGAGGGAGGGAUGCAUGCAUGCAUUCACCUGGGUGAUCUGCUCCCGCAUCUGUGUGACGGCCUCCUCCCCGACCAUCUGGGCCUUGACGCGCACCAGCUCCUCCUGCAGUUCGUCGGUCUCAGCAGCCUUGGCACGCGCCUGACAACACACCAACACAACACGUACAGGCGUCCAGAUGAAUGGGGCAUGAGUGAAUGGAUCGAUGGAUGGACUCAUGUCGUGUUGCUUUGCUGAUGUCGGCGCAGCGCGUUUUAACCUCAUCGUGUUUGUGCUUGAGUUGCUCGAAUUGUUUGGCGAGCUCCUCCUGCGUGGUGAGUUUGCGCUUUAGCUCACUGACCUCCUCAGCCAACACACGCGCCCGGUCGUUGGCGGCCCUCAACGCCUUCUCGUGCCUACACAAAGGAAGGAUGCAUGACACAACAACACAUCUGUGCACGUAAAGCGGGGGGAUGCUUACGCCUCCUGGAUGCGGACGUUAUCCGCAGCGAUGAUCUGGCGAAUCUCGCGCUCACGAUCCUUGAGGAUCUUCUGCAGUGUCGCAAACAACCAACACCCCACCCCACCCCACACCACACCGCACACACAUUUGAUGAUGGCGGGUCUAGCACUGGAUGGGAUGGUGCGGUGUGGUGGAGUGGCGUGCGUACGUCUUCGUAUAGUUUGCGCGUUUCGUAGUCGGACCAGGCCAUGACGUUGUUCCACUGCUGGUUCACCAGCCGCAGGUGGCCGUCGUAACCGUACUGCAAACACACCACAAAAGGACCCAUCCAUCCAUCCAUCCAUCCAUGAGACACAUCAUGCAGAUGAAUCCGACCAUCCAAUGGAUGCAUCCCGUCCCCUCUGCCCCCUCACCUCGUCGUGGAGCUGCACGUGCCGUUUCGCCCACUCCGCAGGCGGCACGAUGUCAUCCUUGGGACGAGUGACGACCAUCCCCAGGAUGCGGUCCGACUCGGUGGUGGCGCGGGCAGCCUGAGGCUGGCCCUGAGCCUGAUUCUGAGAGAUGAGCUGGCGGGCAUCCUGCGUCGACGCCGACAGCGAAGCCUCCUGCGACUGUUGGCGUGGCCGGGCCAGGCUGGGUACUGCUCCCAAGGUGGAAGGCAACAUAGCGAUAGAAACGAGUUCAGCAGAAACUUAACGCAUCCUCCUCG